CUCACCACACUACAUUCUAACACAGUCUAUUUCCCGAUCUCAUUGCGGAGCUAGAGUUACACACCAAUAACUGAAGUGCAAUGUCGACGAUCACUUCCUGCACCCUUCUGAGGAGUGUGACGGCAGUGCGGCCGGCAAUUUCCUCCGGCAGGCAGCUUCAGUCCAGGAAACCAGCAGCGGUGGCUUCCCUUUCUUCCCAAUGGAGGUCCCGGCCCCUUUCUGUGUGUCGUGCAAUCAGCCGAAAAGGAGAGCACAACCCAAAGACGGAUUUACAUCCGUUUAAUAUCCCUGCAUUUGUUCUGGUGCAUCCGGUGUCACCGCGUGAGGAACGGUGGCAGGUGGAGGAGGAGCCCGGCAAGGUGAACCUGUGGUUCGAGGUGCCUGGGCAGUCCAGGGAGGACCUCGCCGUGGAGAUCGACGAGGACGUGCUCGUCAUCAAGAAGAAGCUCCAUGCCGUCGCCGGGGACGUGGGCCAACGGAACACUGGCGGCGGCGCCACGGAUUAUCAUCCCCAGGGCAAUAAUAGAAGGAGCACGGCAGCCACCGGCGAAGCAGGCAAGGAGGCGGCACAGGACGGCGAGGUGAUCUACGCGCGGCUGCUCCUCCCAGCGGGGUACAGCAAGGAGGGAGUGGAGGCCGAGCUCAAGUCAGGCGUCCUGAGGGUCAGCAUCGCCAAGAUCAAGGAGCAGGCGCGCAGGAAGAUCAGCGUCGACAUCGUCGUCAAGUAGCGAAAUGCAUUGGCAUGCAUGAAGGAGUCGUUACCGGAAACUCAGAGUUCGCCGUGUGCCUCAUCCUUCGCCGUGUAGUAGCCGUGUGCCAGGGCGGCUUCGCCGUGUGCUUGGCACACACGGCGAAAACUCUCGAAAUCCGGUAGUGAGUGCUUUUGAUCUGUCCAACAGGUUCAUGAAUUAUUGCGUACUGUAUAUGUACAGCGGUCGGCUCACAUGUACUCGAUCGCGUCAAGCAUAUGUGCCUGUUGGCUUUCUGUUCCCAAAUACUCAAUCAAUAAAAUGAGCGUUCGUUGUUGUUUGCGGCAA